AUGUGGCGGCUGUGUCUCUGUCUCCUGGUGGCCUUGGCUGCAAGUGAGAAUGACAACUACGAGCCUUUCCUGAACUCUAAUAAAACGUACGAGUAUAAAUAUGAAGGAAUGGUGCGAGUGGGACGUGAACUGCCAGACCUAGUUGAGUCCGCCGUGAAACUGAAGUGCACUUUUAAAAUCAUUGGUGAAUCUCCACAAACCUUUGUGCUUCAGAUCUCAAAUGUGGCAUUUGAAGACUUUAAUGGCAUCCCUGGGAAAGGUGUCUUAAGACCUUCACAAAAGCUCACUAAGCGUUUGUCAGCUGAAUUCCUCCAGCCCAUCAUAUUUGAAUUCUCUAAUGGACAAGUGGCUGACAUUCGCACAGCGCCUGGUGUCUCAAAUGCAGUAGUAAAUAUUGUGAGAGGGAUCCUUGGAUUUCUUCAAGUGACAGUCAAAACCACUCAAAGUUUUUAUGAACUGGUGGAGUUGGGAAUCCAUGGUGUAUGCCAGAGCAGCUACAAUGUUGAAGAAGAUGCCAAUGCCAAAGAGUUGAUGGUGACCCAGAUGGUUGAUACUUCCAACUGUCAGCAGCCAUCAGCUUUGUACCGAGGCAUGGCCCUCGCCACUGAAGACAAACUCAGCAGACAGAGGGGUGAGAGUGUUGUUUCCACUGUGAAAUACACCUACACGGUGAAGUCCACAGCAGAUGGCGGUCUGAUCACUAAGGCGUAUGCUCAGGAGCGUCAGUUCUUCUCUCCAUUCAAUGUGAAAGGAGGAAACUCCCAAAUGUUGGCAUUACGGGACAUUGAGCUCCUCAGUGUUUCUGACACAACUGAUAAAAUAAUGAUCGGGCAGGUGCAGAGUCAAGGCAACCUGAUGUUCAAGACUGAGAAGAACCUCAAUCCAAUUCCAAUUUUGAUGAUAGAUCUGAACAAUCCAGUGCCAAAGAUUGUAGAUUUGAUUAAGCGCUUGGCACAGGCAAAUAUAUAUCAAGUGGAUAGUGCAACCAGCACAGAUAUUCUGGAUCUAAUUCAGUUGCUGCGUGUGGCAACACUUGACAAUCUAGAGCAGUUAUGGAAGCAGGUUGCAGGAAAUGAUGAGCACAGGAGGUGGUUUCUGGACUUGGUUGUAGAGGUAACGGAUGAGAGGAUACUCAAAUUCCUUGAUUCCAGAUUCAAAGCAGGAGACAUUACAGCAAAUGAGGCAGGACAGACGCUAGUAGUGGCACUUAACCACUUGUCUGCUGAACCAGUGUCAGUGGCAUUAGCUCGGGAGUUCCUGACAAUUCCCUACAGUAAAUCGGAGCGUCUUCUUUGGAACACAGUGGUUUUAGCAUAUGGUUCUCUACUAUACAGAUACUGUGUAUACACUGAUCCUUGUCCCGUCACAGUUGUGCAGCCAUUGCUGACUAUGGCUGCCGAUGGCCUCACUAAAAAUUCAGAGCAGGACAUGGUCCUUGCUCUGAAGGCCUUGGGAAAUGCAGCACAUCCCUCCAGCAUCAAGACUCUCCUAAAGUUCCUUCCAGGCUACUCAGUUGAAGCUGAAAAACUCCCAGUGAGAGUUCAGAGUGCUGCGGUACAGGCCUUCCGACUGCUUGCAAGCAGGAACCCCCAUAGUGUGCAGGGUAUUGUCCUGAGCCUCUUUGUGCAGAAGUCUCUUCCAGCUGAAAUCCGCAUGCAGGCCUGCAUUGUGCUUCUAGAGACCAAGCCAUCCAUAGCUCUGAUUUCAGUAAUAAGUGAGGUUCUCCAGGAGGAGGAUGACCUGCAGGUGGCUAGCUUCUCCUUUUCUAUGCUCAGAGGCAUUGCCAAGUCCCGCACCCCUGAUAAUCAACAUCUAUCUACUGCCUGUAAUAUUGCCAUUAAGAUUCUUUCCCGCAAACUUGGUCGCCUGAGUUAUCGUUACAGCAAGAAUCUGCAUUUUGAUUGGUUCCAUGAUGACCUUUUGUUUGGGACAUCCACUGAUGUUUAUUUACUGCAAAAUGGAGCAAGUCCCAUACCCACACAAAUAAUGCUGAAGGGAAAAUAUCAUUUCAUUGGGAGAAUAUUACAAUUUCUUGAGUUUGGAGUUCAUACAGAAGGAAUUAAAGAAGUUCUUGCUGGAAAAGUCCGCCCAUUCGACAAAGAUUUUGGAGUUGCAGAUUUUGCAGCUAUGAUAAAAAUUCUCUCUGACUGGCAAAACCUCCCGAAAGAUAAGCCUCUAUUAUCAGCGUAUGCACGUGUGUUUGGACAGGAAGCAUUUUUAAUGGAUAUAAGUGGAGACCACAUUCAGAGCAUUAUGACGUCAUUUAGUCCUUCUGCAGGGAAGGGCAGUUCCAUUUGGGAAAAGAUUCAGGAACUUCAGAAAGGGACUGCUUGGCACUGGACCAAGCCUCACCUAGUAUACGAAGCUCGAUUCAUUCAGCCAACUUGUCUUGGUCUCCCGGUUGAAAUCAGCAAAUAUUAUUCCUUAAUUAAUGCAAUUACAAUGAAAGCUAAAGCUGAAAUGAAUCCUCCUCCUAAGGAACAUCUGGGUGAGCUGCUAAGCUCAGACAUUUCACUACAGACAGAAGGCUUUGUUGGAUUUACAAAGGAUCAUUUUGCCUUCCAUGGAAUCAACACAGAUCUAUUUCAGUGUGGGGUUGAACUAAAGAGUAAGACAGUCGCAGCCCUGCCAUGGGCAUUUGGCUUGAAAAUAAAUGUGAAAGAGCAGAAGUAUGAAAUGAACUUGACUCCAACCAAAACAGUCACUGAGUUGUUUUCAGUCAACUCUAAUGUGUAUGCUGUGUUGAGGAACAUCGAGGACCCAUCUUUAACCAAAAUAACUCCCAUGAUGCCAGUGAUGGAGGGCUCCCAGCAGGGCCUGCCAUUGGCCAGGAGAAUAUUACCCACCUCUAGGGAUGAAAAGACUGAGGACUCUCAGAUGAAAUUCAGGCAGUGCAUUGAGGCCAAGAUUUAUGGAACUUCAAUCUGUGUCGAAGCAGAAGCCAAACGAGCUCAUUACCUUCGUGAAUAUCCUCUGUACUACUUCCUGGGACACACCCGUUUUUCAUGUCAACUAGAACCAGCAAAGGGUGCCAAACCCAUCGAAAAGAUUCAGAUUCAGGUCACUGCAGGCAGCAAACACCCUCCAGAAGUCAGACCAAUUAUGGAUUUCAGGCGCAGAGUAUUCAAGGACACAAGAAAUGAGUCCAUCUCCUGUGGAGAACGCAAUCUGCUCAGAUCAUUCACCACAUCUCAGGUACUAGAUGCCACUCCAGACCCUGCAAUCACAGUACAAGCACUUGCUCUUAGUCCUCCUGCAAAGCCACUGGGCUACGAAGGUGUGGCAUUUUAUAUUCCAACAGCCCAUAGAGACGAUGUUGAAAUGAUAGUCUCUGAAGUUGGGGAAGAUGCAAACUGGAAAAUGUGCGCCAAUGCAAAUUUGGAUAAGAGCCAUUCCUCAGCAAAGGCCCAUCUCAGGUGGGGUGCAGAGUGUCAGACUUGUGAUGUAUCUAUAAGGAUGUCUACAGCGUGCCAGUCAGAGUCUAAACCUUCCAUAUACACCAAGAUAAACUGGGGAGCUCUGCCUUCAAUGUUCACAAUUAUUGGUGAAAGAAUUCAGGAAUACGUGCCUGGCAUGUCUUAUGUCUUGGGUUUCUAUCAGAAGCAUGAGAAAAACCAAGAUCGCCAGGCAUCUGCUACUGUUGUGCUCUCCUCCCCAGAAACGUUUGACAUCAGAGUGAAAGUCCCAGAGCGAACAAUCUACAAAAAAGCCAUUCUCUCGCCAGUUGAACUUCUGGGAUUUGAAACUACCAACAUCACCAUGUCAACCUAAAAGGAUGAUGUCACAGAUGUUCUGCAAGAUCAAACCAAUGACAACAGGGAUAAGAUGCAUCAAAAUGUUUUGAAUAAUUUUUUAAAUUCCUG